AUGGUUGUCUUUGGUCACAUGCAUAAAGAGCUGGCAUAUAGAAAUGGCCUCCGGAAAAUGAUUGUGGUUGGACCUGACAACACUAUAUACUUGAAUGGGGCCAUUGUUCCUAGGGUUAAAAGAUUGAUUGAUGAACAAGACACUGGCGACAGAAGCUUCAUGAAUAUUGAAACUCCUCUUUCAGCACCACCAGAGUCUAGUGGCACUAUGAGAGCCUUCACUACAGUAGAAAUUUUGGAUGGAAGAGUGGAUAAAAUUGCAGAAACUUGGGUUUCAGUUGUUGGAGACAAGACCACAUUAAAAGAAGAGCAUGUUUUAUUUAAAAGCGGCAACUAG